AUGGAGCAAAAGAUAAAUUUUAUUGACUUAAAUCUCAACAAAGUAAUUGAUAAACAAGUCAAGAAAAAUAGAGAAAUAUUAAAACCAAUAGUUCUGGCAAUUGUUAUGUGUGGAAAACAAAACAUACCUCUCCGAGGUCACAGAGCUGAUUCAUUUUACUAUGAGAAUGAAAAUAGUAACUCUGGCAAUCUUCAAUCAAUUUUGAAAUUAAUAUCUGAUUGUGCAGAAAACAGUUUGGUGAAUGGGCGAAUUUCUACUCCAAAAAAUGCUACAUAUCGCUCUAAAACUACUCAAAAUGAGUUGAUUAAUAUUUGUAAUGACAUAAUAAUUUCUAAAUUGAAAUGUGAAGUUAAAAAGGCUAAAUUUUUUUCAAUAUUAGCAGAUGAAGCAUCUGAUGUGAGCAAUAUGGAACAAAUGCCACUUGUAUUACGCUUUGUAAAUGAUAAUUGUGAAAUUUGUGAACUAUUUUUUGGUUAUAUUCCUUGCGACUCAGGCUUGUCUGGAGAAGCUAUAGGCAGCCAAAUUUUGAAUAGUAUUAAAGAUUUGGGAUUAGAAAUGAAAUUUUGUGUUGGUCAAGGUUCUGACGGUGCUGGUAACAUGGCUGGGAACUGUUCCGGUGCUGCAGUAAGAGUAAAAGCUAUUUAUCCAAAAGCAUUAUAUCUUCAUUGUGGAUCUCAUGUCCUCAAUCUUUGUGUUGCAAAUGCCUGUAACAUACAGAUAGUUAGCAAUAUGAUGUCAAAUGUUCGUGUUAUAUCUCAGUUCUUUAAUUUUAGUCCAAAGCGUUUUGAUGUUCUGAAAAAAAAAAUUGAAGAAAUGUUUCCAAAAGCUCAUCACUCUCGUUUAAUAGAUGUAUGUCGUACAAGAUGGAUUGCCAGAAUUGAUGGGUUAGAUGUGUUUAUAGAGGUACUUCCUGCUAUAAUUAAAUGCUUUGAGCUAAUGAUUAAUAACGAUGAAAAGUCUUGGAAUCAUGACUCAGUGCGUGAUGCAAAUAGUUAUUUCUUUGCUACUAGAUCUUUUCAGUUUCUUGUUACUUUAGUAGUGCGACUAAGAUCAGACAUUGAACACAGUCAUGGUGCUUGGUAUAGUGAGGCAGUUGUAUUGGCAGCUAGUGUUGGUGUUUAUGAGCACAAGCCUCGUACAAUAGAAAAACAGCUUAAUCGAAAUAAUUGUCCUAGUGAAUCUAUUAAUGAGUAUUACAAGAAAGUCAUUAAAAUUCCUUUUCUUGACCAUUUAUAA